AUGGCGGAGGUAUCCUCGGUGGCCAUUGACGGGGCCAGUGGUGUGGGGUCGGGAAGGCUGCUGAGAAAGUCCGGUGCGGCGGGAAGGCUGCUGAUGAAGUCUGUCGGCAGAGAAGACGAGGCUGCUGCGAUUGGACCAAUUUCCAACUUGCGCAGCGCAGCCCCACGCGGAGAAGACUAUGCGGUGGAGAGGCUAAUUCAGUCAGGGACUCAGGGGGCAGAGACGAGACCGAAGGCGACUGAAAAACUUAUGAGGAAUUCUGGCGGCUGUGAGCUUAUGAGUAAUUUCGGUGGCUAUGAACGGCUGAUGAGCAGUCCGGCGGCGGCAUGGAUGCUAAUGUAG